CAGUCAUCAUCAUCAUCUCACUGUAAUUACACGACUCUGCCUGUGGUGGCGCUGUUUACUGCCAUUAGGGAUGCUGGACCAAAAUCUGGACAAAAUAAAUGAAUUAAUUUUACGAUGUAAUGUGAGGAGAAAAAAAACAAACAAACAAAAAAAAACACCUGGGGGUGAAAGCCAUUAGUAGACAUCUUGUUAAUCAGAACUGAUGCGCACCUGUCAGUGGCCCAUUGUGGAAAGAUAAAGGUGGCAUCUUUGCACACACAAAAAUCCCGGCGCUCAUGAUGACAGACACAUUCAGUCAGUCUCCUUCCCUCACACACACACACACACACACACACACACACACACACACACACACACACACACUGACUGUAACAUUCACCAUGCUUGCUGCUCGAUGCUCUUAGACCGAGACGCAUCCACCUCACCGUCGGGUCUGAAAGGGAUUUCAAUAUUGUAUUCAUCGGUCCGUCUCUUUAUCCUCAUGGCUUCAUCGGAUGGAAUAGAUAAAUGUGUUCUGCACAGAGGCAGAUCUCAAAGUGACCCGAACAUCCUCAGCGAGACUGGCAUUGAUCUUGAGCACAGCGCAGAUGUGAUGGAGCAGCAGAAGGUGCUGCGCUCCAGCUGUUUGGUGAGUGGAGUCCACACCCCUCCCAUCCGUCGCCACAGCAAGCUGGCCACGCUGGGGCGCAUUUUCAGGCCAUGGAAAUGGAGGAAAAAGAAAAACGAAAAGCUGAAGCAGAGCUCUACAGAUGUGGCCUUGGCCUGUGGACUUCACUCUCCAGACCUGAGCUCUUCCAUCCAAGGCAUCUCAGAUGCAGAAAUCCGGCUGCCUGGCUGUCAGGGGCCCAUACUUAGCAUCAGUAGCAUGGAGUACCUCAGCUCAGAGCAAGACAAUCUCCCAACAGUGGUAGAUUCAGUACAGGACAGCGAGACAACAGACGAGCCAAAUUCAAAUGAGGAAGAAGAGGAAGAGGAGGCAGUUCCAUGUGUGAAUGAAAAUGAGGAUUUUGAGGAAGAUGCAGAGGACAGAGAGGAAGAUGAGGAAGAUGAGCCGCAGGAACAGUCUCCUCCAAGCAGUCAUUGCAAUCUCGUCUCUCAGCUUAGCACUGAGGAAGACCCGGGUAAAGUCAUCGUCACAACUGUGCCUCAGUCAAAUUCUUUUCUUGCAAAAGAACUGCCUAGAGUCCCUGAAGGCCCCACUCCUGUGGCUUUAAGAGGGCCUUUUAGUAAUAAUGUGGGUUCACCACAUAUAGGAGGCAUACAUCCUCCGCUGCCCCCAAGCUGUAUAAUAGAGGAACUGCACCGAGCCCUGGCAACAAAGCUCAGACAAGAUAGCAUCGAACGGGAGUCUAGUGGAGAGACAGAGAACAGGAAGGAAUCAGAGGAAAACAAGGAAAACGUUAGACAGGACCACUGCUUCACUGAUGCUUCAGAAAUUAUCUAUGACAUUGACAGCUGGAACGAAUCUGUCAUUUCUGGUACAUUGCCAAGGAGGAUGAGGAAGGAGCUGCUGGCCGUGAAGCUUCGAAAUCGCCCCAGCAAACAGGAGCUGGAGGAUAGAAAUAUUUUCCCUGCACGGAGUGACCAGGAAAGACAGGAGAUCCGUCAACAGAUUGAAAUGAAGCUUGCCAAGAGACUCAGUCAGCGGCCGGCCGUUGAAGAGCUGGAGAGCAGAAAUAUUUUAAAACAGAGGAACGAUCAGACAGAGCAAGAGGAAAGAAGAGAGAUCAAACAGAGGCUUAACAGAAAGCUCAACCAGAGGCCAACAGUCGACGAACUAAGGGAAAGAAAGAUUCUCAUUCGCUUCAGUGACUAUGUUGAGGUGGCCAAAGCCCAGGAUUAUGACAGGAGAGCUGACAAACCCUGGACCAGACUGUCUGCAGCUGAUAAGGCGGCCAUCCGCAAAGAGUUGAAUGAGUUUAAAAGCACUGAGAUGGAGGUACAUGCUUCAAGCAAGCACCUAACGAGGUUUCACAGGCCCUAAGAGGGGGUUUUCUUCUGUGAAGAAACUACUGAAAGUGGCAUUCAUGUGAAAAUCCUGGAGGUACCUCGUCCAGAGCCAUGGCGUUGUCCAUGGGAUUCUCUUAUUCUUCCAGCAUGUGGUUAAUGCUGGAGGCUGUGUCUCCACUGUGGGUGGCUGCCGGAAGAAACCUGAGAAACACCUGCGACCUACAUUUCACCUGAAGCUGGUCGACUGGAGCAGCAGGGGACUUCAGUUCUUGAUGUUUUUAAACCGGACUGCAUUUCACUGAAUGCUAAGAAAAAGAUGAAUCAGUUCUGGGUAAAUGUUUGUGUACAUGUAACCAGCUCGGCUGUAAAAAACUUUCAAAAAAAAAAAAAAAAAAAAGUAGGGUGAAAAAAAAACAAGAAAGGAAAAAGGAAAAAAAAAAGAUUUUUUUUUUGAGGGUUAAUAAGCCUGCUAUAAAUGAGUUUCAUAUUUACUGUACUAAAGACAGUUUGAACAGGGUUGUUCAUGUCAUCACUUGGGGU